AUGAUACGUGCCAAGGUCCUUUACUUUUCUGGAGAGAUACCUCAAGGGGAUCCGGCGGGCGACCAGCGAGAUUUGUUCAGGAAGCUGCACCUACUCAGCAAGGAGCGAAGUUAUCCGAUCCUUGCUCUCUUUCUUGAAACCAUCACACGGGCUGUGAAGGAGGAACAGCGUAGACUGAUCCGCACUGAAAGAGAUUUGAUACCAGCUUUCGAGACCAUCUUGGACUUGACCGAUCAUGUCGUUGAGCUGAGGAAAACGUCACUUGGCGGAGCGGUCGAGCGAGUACUGGUGCUUGCCUUUCAACUAGGAAGCUUCAUUGCAUACCACGAAGCUCAUCCCCUCGAAUAUAAUUUCCAGUCGUCAGAUACAUUCCUCAUCGCGAGAGGCCCAGGCAUGCUAUCAGCGGCAGCGAUCGCACUUUGCCCAAAUGUAUCUAUGGUUCCAAGCAUUGCUGGAGAUAUCGCCAAAGUAGCAUUUCGAUUCGGGCUCGUUGUUGAUCAGGUCUGCCGAUCAUUGGAGAUUUCACCAGAUGAGAUCAACGCUGCUGGAGCUUGGAUAUAUUGCGUGUACGGCGUUGACCCGUCGGAGGCUCAAGAAGCAGUGGCACUUUUCAAUGCUGAGAAGGAAUAUGCUGAGACGAGCGUGGCAUCAGUCUUCAACGACGACGGCAAGUCUGUCAGCAUUGGUGGCCCACCAUCGACUCUCAAAGCACUCUUCACAGAAUGUGAAUUCUUCAAGCGUACAAGAAACGUACCGAUGAAGAAAGUGCAAGGAAUGUGGCAUACGGGUAAGGUCUAUGGUAUGGAACACGUACAGCAAGUCGUUCCGCAUAUCGACGAAAAACACCGACUGCAUCUUUCAUUGUUCUCCCCGGUAACAGGAGAACCAUUCGAGGCAGCGAAUGCCAAUGAACUACUCGAGCAGAUCAUGGAAGAGAUGCUUACCCAGAGAAUCCGGUGGGAUCGAACUAUCCAGACCGUCACGGAACGGCUGAAACAGGUCUCGCCGAAUUGCACCCAACUGAUCGCCAUACAACCAUCACAAUAUGUUGAAAGCCUACUUGCACAAUGGAAAGACGACAUCCCCACCGCCACACAUACGGCCGAAGACAUGAUGUCAGCGAUCAUGAACCUCCCCCUUGGAAGCAGUCCUGCCAAGGAUGCGAAGUCAUCGAAAAUUGCUGUCGUGGGUAUGGCAUGCCGCUUUCCAGGAGGUGCUGACAACACACAAAGAUUUUGGGAGCUGUUGGUACAAGGUCACGAUGCCCACGGACCUGUUCCUCCGGAUCGCUUCAAUGUUGAAACCCAUGUGGACCCAGCAGGGAAAACCCCGAAUACAUCCAAAACACCAUAUGGAUGUUUUGUAGAUAACCCAGGUCUCUUCGAUGCCAUGUUCUUCGGCAUGUCGCCACGAGAAGCUGAACAAACAGAUCCCAUGCAGAGACUUGCUCUCGUGACUGCUUAUGAGGCUUUGGAGAACUCAGGCUACGUGCAUGGUCGCGGUAUACACGCGCGACGCGUGGGUACCUUUUACGGACAGGCCAGCGACGACUACCGCGAGGUCAACUCUGGACAAGAAGUUGGUACUUACUUCAUUCCCGGAGGAUGUAGGGCGUUCGGUCCUGGCCGCAUCAAUUACUUCUUCAAAUUCUGGGGUCCAAGUUUCAGUGUCGACACCGCAUGCUCUUCCAGUCUUGCGGCGAUACAAGCUGCAUGCACUUCUUUAUGGAGUGGUGAUGUCGAUAUGGCAAUUACUGGAGGCAUGAACAUCAUCACGAACUCUGAUGUCUACGCCGGCCUCAGCAAUGGCCACUUUCUCUCACCUACUGGCGGAUGCAAGACGUGGGAUGUAGGGGCUGAUGGGUAUUGUCGUGCUGAUGGUGUCGGUAGCGUUGUCUUGAAACGACUGGAAGACGCUGAGGCGGAUAACGACAAUAUUCUAGGAGUUGUUCUCGGUGCAGCUACUGAUCACUCUGCUGAGGCAGUCUCUAUCACCCAUCCGCACGAUGUUGCACAGGCCCAUCUGUAUACUCAAGUUGCCAGAAGGGCUGGGAUCGACCCUUUGUCGGUCGGGUUUGUUGAGAUGCACGGCACAGGAACUCAGGCAGGCGACAGUAACGAGAUGAGAUCAGUCACAAACGUAUUCGCUCCUUCUACUGGCCACAUUCGACAUCCGCAGUCACCUCUUCACAUAGGUACCGUCAAAUCCAACAUGGGCCAUGGGGAGGCGGCUGCUGGUAUCAUGGCAUUCGUCAAGACAAUGUUGGUCUUCCAGAAAGGCAUUAUCCCUCCUCAUAUUGGCAUCAAGUCUCGAUUCAACCCAGCACUGCCAGGUGAUUUGACCAAAAGAAACGUAGUUAUCCCUACAACAGCAGCUGAUUGGGCCCCGAACAGCGAUCGGAAAAGGCUAGCCAUGGUGAACAAUUUCGGAGCAGCCGGAGGAAAUACGUCCAUAAUCGUGGAAGAGGCGAUGCCACGACCAAGGAAGGGGGACGAUGCACGAAAAUUACAUGUCAUCGCUGUGUCUGCAAAGACUGCUUACUCAUUGCAGGAAAAUCUCAAAGCUCUUGUUGACUUUAUUGAAACGAGCCCAGAACUCUCCAUUGCAGACCUGGCCUAUACCCUGUCGGCUCGGAGAAACCACUACAACUAUCGAGUUUCUAUUCUUGCGUCUUCCACAGCUGAAGCAGCAUCGUCACUUCGCUCUCACAUUGAAACCUCUCUAUCCCAGACUCCACACUCGGGCAAACAACCUCCCGUAGCAUUCGCAUUCACUGGGCAGGGUACUUUCUAUAUCGGCAUCGGCACUCAAUUAUACCGAGACUCUCGCGAGUUUCGCCAGCACAUUGAUCGACUGGACGGCCUUGUACGACGACAAGACUUCACCUCUUUCUUGUCCAUCGUUGCUGGAACUGUACAGCCAAAGGAUGUCUCUAUCGUCACGAUGAACCUUGCCAUAAUCUGUGUGGAGAUCGCUCUAGCGCGACUUUGGGAAUCAUUCGGCAUCAAACCAAGCGUUGUUACUGGUCACAGCCUGGGUGAAUACGCAGCUUUGGCGGUAGCUGGUGUGUUAUCCGAAAGCGCUGCUAUAUUUCUUGUCGGCACCCGCGCUGCGCUCCUGAGUUCCAAGUGCACGGCUCGUACACACGGUAUGCUUUCAGUACGAGCUUCAGUAGCAGAUGUCAAACGUGCUGGUAGUGGUAUUCCCUUCGAGAUUUCUUGCAUCAACGGUCCAAACGAAACAGUGCUCGGGGGCACCCUCCCGAGCAUAGAAGCUCUCUCGGCAACUUUGCAAGCUGCGGGUUACAGGACCUUCUAUUUGGAUCUUCCCCAUGCCUAUCACACAUCCCAAAUGGAAACUAUCACGGAUGAGCUGCUCAGACAAACGAGAACGAUUGUAUGCAGUCCGACAAGGAUUCCCAUUAUCUCUCCUCGAUACGGGAAAGUUAUGACAUCAAAAGACACAAUCGAUGUUUCAUACUUGGUCGGCGCAACUCGGGAGACAGUCGACUUUGUUGGUGCCCUCAACAACGCUUGGGAGACUGGUGUGAUCAACAAGUCUACUGUCUGGCUGGAAAUGGGCCAUCAUCCAACGUGCUGUGGUUUCAUCAGCAGAACACUGUCUUCAACUCGGAUGGCACUACCAAGUCUACAGCGCGAUAACGACAACUGGUCGACUCUGGCCAAGUCACUCUGCAUCUUGUAUAGUGCAGGCGUACAAAUCGACUGGAAUGAAUAUCAUCGUCCCUUUGAGCAGGCGCUCCGACUUGUCGAUGCUCCGACCUAUGUGUGGACCAAUAAGAAUUAUUGGAUUCAGUACCGUGGAGACUGGAAUCUGACCAAAGGCCGAGCAGUAUUUGAGUUGCAGCCUGCAUCUGCUCCUGUGCCGACCGUGAAGGGAUUCCAGACUUCUAGUAUCCAUCGACUUACAUCGGAGCACUACACUGAAUCAACGGCAACCUUGUCGGCGGAGAGCAGCAUUACUGAUCCUUCACUCCAAGGCGUAGUCGAUGGACACGCGAUGAAUGGAUACGGGGUUGCUUCAUCUUUCCUCCAUGCGGAGAUGGCAUUCACGCUCGCGAAACGUAUUAGUGACAAGAGCUUCGCAACUGCAGUAUCAUUUGGCAUCAACGUCGCCGACUUCGAGUAUCAUGAGCCUGUUGUCAAGCUCAUCGAUACAAGUAAACCACAGCCAAUACUGGUCUCUGCCGAGGCUGACUUGGACAAGAUGGAAGUUCACGUCAAAUGGUUCAAUCCUGCCAAAGAGAUCUGGUACUGCCACGCUACCGUCUUGUACGAGGAUCCUUCGUCCUGGUUGUCCACGUGGUCUCGCUCUACCAAACUGGUCACUAGUCGUAUCGAUGCCCUCAAUGACAUGGCCGCGGUAGGCAAAGCUAGCAAACUUACGACCGAUCUGGCCUACAGCCUCUUUGGCAAGCUGGUUGGUUACUCCAAGUUGUAUCGAACUAUGCAAUCUGUGAUUCUCAACGAAGAUGAGGCCAUGGCUGAGGUGCAGUUCCCUGAUGAUACUGGCGGUAAUUUGACUAUCCCACCUCACUUCAUUGACGGCCUUAUCUCUCUAUCGGGCUUUGUGUUGAACGGCGGUACCCACUUUGACAACACGAAUAACUUCUUCAUCACUCCAUCCUGGAAGUCGAUGCGCUUUGCGCGGCCGCUGACUCCGGGCGGACGCUACAUAGCCUACGUCCGAAUGGUGCCCUCUGACAACCACUCUUUUGUCGGCGACGUUUAUGUUUUGCAAGGCUCAGAAAUUGUUGGAGUUGUCGAGGCGAUACUGUUUCUACAGUGGCCACGAGUGAUGCUCAAUCGCUUCUUCAGGCCUGCUGAUGGCACGGCGAAGCCAGCUGCGAGUGUCCCCGUAAAGAGCGCACUUCCAGCGCGUAUCAAGUCCAAGGCACACCAAGUGCCACGCCCCAAACCUGCUUCGACACCCCCCAGUCCGAAGGAGGGCUCCGAACACUCCGAUUCUUCUGGGGUGAUCAUUUCCCGACCCGGAGGAUGCUCGUCCUCAGAUGACGACGCGGGAGCAUCAGCCAGUCCGGCCACUGGUGCGAGUGGCGCCAUAGACAAAGCCUUAGCUUUGGUUGCGGAAGAACUCGCUGUCGACAUUGGCCUGCUUACAGAUGACGCUCACAUUGCUGACUUGGGACUUGACUCAUUGAUGUCGCUGGUCAUGUCUCAGAGAUUGCGAGAGGAACUGGGCUUGGAGAUCAGAGAUGCCUUUUUCCUGGAGGUCGACACCGUUGGAGAUCUCAAGCAGUUGCUUCAGUAG